AUGGACAUCCACCGCUCCCGCUUCGUCCCUUACCCCCUCUCCCCCAUCAGCGCCCUCGCCUUCUCCCGGCCCAGCGAUAGCGCAGGCGGGUCUGAAGGCGCGCUUCCCGCGCUCAAACUCGCUCUCGGGCGCUCGAACGGGACGAUUGAGAUUUGGAAUCCGCAGCGCGGCCUGUGGGUGCAGGAGACGGUUUUUGCGGCCGGGGGAGAGGACUCCUCGGAUGGCGAUGCGGCGGGGAUUGAUGGGUUGCUUUGGACGCAGGGACCUGAUGAGGUGAUUGAGGGUGAUGGCGGAGUGAGUGUGGGGCAGCAGCGGCUGUUUGGGAUUUCGGCUUCGCCUGCUGUGCUCGAGUUCGAUCUGGGGAGUGGGAGGGUGAAGAGGCGGAGCACGGGGAACUUCUCCGAGGUGUGGUGUUUUGCUGCGCAGCCGCGGGCGAGACUUGCGAAAGAGGCGAGCGAGGAGGAGAGGGAGCGGGCUGGGUGGCAGGAGAUUGUUGCUGGGUGUGGUGAUGGGACGCUUGUGCUGCUCUCUACUGCUGGAGACGAUCUUGUGUUCAAGCGGUUCUUGGCUCGCGUGAGUGGGAAGAAGUCGAGGUGUAUGUGUGUUGCGUGGCAGAAUCGGGAGCGCGUUGUUGCGGGCUUCGCCGACGGGGUGAUGAGGGUGUAUGAUGCGAGGAACGGGUCGCUGUUGAGAAAUAUGAGUCUUGGGGCUGGAAUUCCUGGUGCGCCAAAGACGGCGUUGGUGUGGCAGGUGAAGUGCCUGCCGAAUGGCGACAUCGUGUCUGGCGACUCGAAUGGAGAGGUGCGAUUCUGGGACGGCAGGACAUACUCGCUUUCUCAACGCAUCGCUGGCCAUGAAUCCGAUUGUCUCGAUUUGAUCUCCAGCUCGGACGGCAAGACGCUCUUCUCGGGAAGCAUCGAUGGCAAAUUGGCCGUCUAUCGCCAGACUGUUGAUCGUGGGAGGAAGACUUGGGCCAAGACGAGCCAUCGAAGACUACACCACGGCGAAGUGAAGACAAUGGCCGCCUUCGACAGCAAAGGCAUGAGCGUGGUCGUCUCAGGGAGCAGCGACGUUGCACCCGUCAUCACACCCCUCCGCGAGUAUGGCAAAGAGAACAUUCGGUUCCUGCCAACUCUCCCGCAAUCUCCGCCAUUAGUGAGCGCACCCAAAGCCAGACUCUUUGCCAGCUGGUGGGACAAGACGAUCUCCAUCUGGCACAUUGCCAAAAGAGCCGGCGUGGACUCUUCACCGGAGCCACAGAAACGCCGUACUCUCGUCGCGCGCAUCUGCCUCGACACCAAAGACGACAUUCGAAGCGUGACUAUGUCCCCAGACGGACGACUCCUCGCCGCCUCAACCAGCACAGCAAUCAAAGUCUUCCAACUCAAGCGCAAAGCCGAGCAUGAGGCACACCUCGCCAUCCGCAAACUCGAGCUUCCCCACGAACUCGCGGACGCCGGUGCGCGGGUAUUGAAGAUAUCCCCGGAUAGCAAGUGGCUCGCAGCGGCGACGACAGACGACGAAAUCUACGUCGCGCGCUUCGCACCGCAUCCCGCGAAGCCGAAGCAAUCGCAGCUUUUGAAUGAAGUCGCGGAGCUCGAGACGAGGCAUCGCCCGGUCGAUUUGCACUCUGCUUUCCGCUCGUACGAUCGAGCUACGACGCAGAUGGUCUUCUCGGACGAUAGUGCCGUACUGGUUGCGAGUGAUUUGAGUGGAAAUCUCGAUUCGUGGGUGUUGAAGGGCGAGGAAGACCCACUCGCUCCUGCUGUGGGUAAGGCUGCGGCUCAAUUAUCGUCUUCUGAUUCCGACUCGGAUUCCGACUCGGACAGUUCAGACGACGACGAUGAAGAUCUCGUCGCCUUCUACGCCCAGACCUGGACUGAGAAUCCCGCCAACAACCUCCUGCCUAAACUCGACUCGACUCCACUGAUCAUGACGUUCCGUCCUACCCGCCAAUCCUCAUCUUCGAACACACAGCCAAAAGCAAUCGAAGACGCUCACAACCCCAACUUACCCAACGGCCACUACCCGACCCCAGAACAAGAAGACCAACCCCAAAGCAACACCAACAAACACCACCUCCUAAUCCUCACCUCCCGCCACCAACUCUACGAAUUCGACAUCGCAGCAGGCCGACUAACAGACUGGAGUCGUCGCAACCCCUCUUCCCUCCUCCCACCCGACUUCACCAAAAUCCGGGAUCGCGUGAUGGGCGCGGUGUGGGACAAGGAGCGACUCUGGAUCUACGGAAGUUCGUUCCUAAGCAUGCUGGAUUUGGGAGUGGAUUUUGUCGAUUCCGCUGCUUCUGCUGCUGGCGGCAGGGAUACUAACGUGAGCACGAAAAGGAGGCGAAAAGCGGGCGAUCAAGACGCCGCCACCGCCGCCGGAGGAGACCAAAACAAACGCCGCAAAAGCGAGAGCGGCGCAGGGGCCGGUACCAUUACGGAGGUCGAGCUCGAGGGCCAGGGUGCGCGGAUUUUGGAAGACGACGCCUCCAGCGCGGAUGAGAGUGACUUUCUACCUCCUAGUCGGCUGCGCGUUGCUGAUGCAGAGGAAGCAGGCGGUGACGGUGACGGUGAGGGGAUGCAGCUUGCUGUUCGGAAGGAGGGUGAUGGCCUGCGACAAAGGCGGAGACGGUGGUGGUGUACGUUCAAGUACCGGCCUAUUCUGGGUUUGGCGGUUUUGGGUGGCGAUGAGGCGGAGAGGGAGAUGGAGGAUGGGGAGGAUGCGCCGUUGGAGGUUGUGCUUGUCGAGAGGGUUGCUGAGGGGGGGAGUUGA